UAUGGCGAGGACACAACUAACCUAAAUACAAGCGGGAUCGUCACCGAGAACAAGACCACGUCCACGGUGACGAACGCUCCAGUCAUUCUGAAUGUCACAACAAACGUGAACGUAUCACCUGAAGUAUCUAGCACAGCGCGACCUGCAAACAAUACAAGCUACAUUGUCAGUCACAAUGCUAGUUCAACCACUACGAAACAGCCACCAUCACCAUCAGCAAGCACGGCGCAGCCUGACAGUGUUGCGAGCGACCAGACGACCGAGAGAAAUAGUGCGACAUCGCCAAGUCCCACCAAUGACAGGAACACAACAGACAUCUCUGUGUCGUCACAGAGUCCAGAUGCUGUCAAUUCAACCAAUGCCACUACGACCACCGUCGCUCCAGCAGAGCCGGUCCUGCCUGACAAGGGCUCUGCUGAAGAGGAGCACAACAGUUCCAUGUCCAUAUUCUUUGUACUAUGCGUCCUAGCGCUAGGCAUAUUGUUAAUACAUCUGAUGCUGCAGACCAAUUUCCAGUAUCUUCCCGAGUCGGUGGUGAUCGUUUUCCUAGGUGCUGCAAUUGGCAUGAUCAUAAACCUCAUGUCGCAUCAAAAUAUUGCAAACUGGAGGAAGGAGGAAGCCUUCUCACCGACCGCAUUUUUCCUAGUCCUACUUCCACCCAUCAUCUUUGAAUCAGGCUAUAAUCUGCAUAAGGGAAACUUCUUCCAGAAUAUCGGCAGUAUCAUGGUAUUUGCCAUCUUCGGAACAGCCAUCUCCGCAUUCGUCAUUGGCGCUGGGAUAUAUCUUUUAGGUCUAGCAAAAGUGGCGUACAAGCUUAGCUUUGUCGAGAGCUUCGCCUUCGGGUCGCUAAUAUCAGCGGUAGAUCCAGUCGCCACAGUUGCGAUCUUUCACGCUCUGGAUGUUGAUCCAGUCUUAAACAUGUUAGUCUUUGGAGAAUCGAUUCUGAACGACGCUAUUUCUAUCGUAUUGACCACCUCCGUCCUAGAGUCUAACAACGCAGCGACGACCAGCGAGGCUAUCAUACUUGGUCUGAAUCGAUUUUGUCUCAUGUUCUUUGCAUCUGCGGGUAUUGGCGUGGUAUUCGCUUUAAUAAGCGCACUGUUGUUGAAGCAUGUAGACCUCAGGAAGAAUCCAUCUUUGGAGUUUGGCAUAAUGUUGGUGUUUACAUAUGCUCCAUAUGUUUUAGCAGAAGGCAUACAACUGUCAGGAAUUAUGGCGAUUCUAUUCAACGGAAUAGUCAUGUCGCACUACACACAUUUCAAUUUGUCAACUGUAACGCAAAUUACAAUGCAGCAGACAAUGCGAACUUUAGCAUUCAUUGCCGAGACCUGCGUUUUUGCAUACUUGGGAUUAGCAUUGUUCAGCUUUAGACAUAGGUUUGAGCCAGCAUUAGUCGUUUGGUCUGUGAUCUUGUGCCUGAUCGGCAGAGCUGCCAAUAUCUUUCCAUUGGCCUUACUCGUUAAUCGUUUCCGCGAGCAUCAAAUCACGAGGAAGAUGAUGUUCAUCAUGUGGUUUAGCGGCCUGCGCGGUGCUAUUUCCUAUGCAUUAUCGCUCCAUUUAGAUUUCAGCGAUGAAACACGCCACGUUAUUAUAACAACGACGCUUAUCAUCAUAUUGUUCACGACUUUAAUAUUUGGUGGAUCCACUAUGCCUCUGUUGAAAUUCUUAAGGGCUGAAAAGAAGCAGAAAAGUAACAGCAGGCGGAAGAAAAAGGAUAAGGAAGUUACAUUGAGCAAAACGAGAGAAUGGGGACAAGCCAUUGAUUCCGAGCACUUGUCGGAACUCACGGAGGAGGAAAUGGAAGUAUCCUUCUUGCAAUCGCGAAUUCGCGGUUUUGCAAGAUGGGAUCUCAAAUUUUUCAUUCCGUUCUUCACGAGACGAUUCACGCAGCAGGAGUUGAAGGACUGUAAAUCACAGAUGACAGAUUUGACGAAUCAAUGGUACCAAGCAAUCAGAAUCAGUCCAAUUGAAUCGGAUGACGAAGCGACUACGGCAUCAACCGCACAAUUGAAUUUGAAUAUCACUGGAACAACUAAGGAACAACCGCGCGGGAAAGAGAAGAACGGACGUCCUAGACACGGAGCUGAGGAGGAUUGGUCUGAUUAAAGUCCAACUUAUUCCUACA